AUGCUCAGAUUACCCCGGUGUAUAACGGCUGGUUCUAUCAGACCUACUUUAUUAAGAACUAAUGGCCAUGCUCGGUUGCAAUCUGGUCUUGCAGCUGCUGCCGCUAGAAUUCCAGUUUUGGAAGAAAAGAUUGAUCCUGUUCUUUCUAGUGCUAUUCGCUCUGCCUCUAAAAUCGUUCAGACAAAAGUGCCUAUUGAAGACCCGUUUUCUAUCGUUUCCAAAGAAAUGUCUACCUUGGCUAAAAAUAUUGGUAAACUUAUCGGCUCUGGUCACCCUACACUCAACAAGGUUGCCAUUUACUACUUUCAAUCAGAAGGAAAACAUAUUCGGCCUUUGAUUGUUCUGCUCCUUUCCAAAGCUUUAUCUGAAAUUCCCGCUUCUGAGCGUACUAGAGGAUCUCGAGACGAGCUCGAUGUCAAAUCCAACACACCUGAAUUCUCCGAAAAAAACGGAGUCGAUGACUCUCUCAGUCCUUUACAAAUUCUUCAUGGAAUAAAUCCUAAUGUUGUUCUUAAUCCUCUCAGUCGACCCAUGGACAAAUUUCCUUCUGAAACUGAAGGUAUAUUACCAAAGCAACGUCGUCUUGCUGAAAUUGUGGAAAUGAUUCACACAGCCUCUCUUCUUCAUGACGAUGUCAUUGACAACUCAGCUACAAGAAGAGGUAAUCCAAGUGGAAAUAUUGCUUUUGGCAAUAAAAUGGCUAUUCUUGCCGGCGACUUUUUGCUUGGUCGUGCUUCUGUCGCCAUUGCUCGUUUACGCAAUGCCGAAGUCAUUGAGCUUCUUUCUACCACAAUUGCAAAUUUGGUAGAAGGUGAGUUCAUGCAGCUCAAAAAUACCGUUAUGGACGGCCCUGACGCCAACCGUGCUUGUUUCGAGUACUAUCUUCACAAGACAUAUCUUAAGACUGCCAGUUUAAUGUCUAAGUCUUGCCGUGCGACUGCUGUUCUCUCUGGUGUCAAUGACGAUGUUGUUGAGGCAUGCUACCAGUUUGGUCGCAAUUUAGGUCUCUGCUUCCAAAUUGUCGAUGACAUGCUUGAUUACACUGUCUCUGAAGCCAAGUUUGGCAAACCUGUAGGAGCUGAUCUUAAACUAGGUUUGGCUACUGCCCCCGUUCUUUACGCAUGGGAGAAGUACCCUGAACUUGGUAAGAUGAUUCAGCGUCAGUUCAAUGAGCCUGGUGAUGUUGAGCGUGCUCGCGAGCUCGUUGCAAAAGCUGGUGGUCUUGAAAAGACUAGAGAACUUGCUGUUCAGCAUGCAGAAGAAGCUAUUCGACAACUUAUGAUCCUCCCGGAAUCACCUUCACGUAAUGCACUCAUCAAUCUGACUAAUGCUAUGCUUAACAGAAAGCAUUAG